UUCUCCCCAAAGAAUAUCGUGAAAGUCUCCGCGGGGAGCCCCAUGCGGGCGUUGAAGCAGCAGACAGCAGAGCAGCAGUGCUGAGCAAGGGAUCACUGCGCUGUGAGUAACACACACACCCUGGAGCCCGGAAGCUCGAUAACGUUUUGCGGCACUUCGAGCAAAAAUGCACCGCGCAGCAAGUGACUCUGGGGAAUCACGAGGUCACUCCCGAGAUCCUGGCAGCAGCGAUAGCGAUGAGGAAGACACGAACGUUGACACCAUGGAUAUGCAAGAAGCCGGAGAUGAGCGAAGCGGCAGCCGGAGCCGCAGCCGGACCCGAAACGGCUGGGCAACAGAUAGCCAAGGCGAGGCGUCGUCUACCAUCGCGGUCAAACUGCACGACAAAACCCGCAUUGGAGACAGCUACCAGGCUGUCACAAUUCCCGAACUACGCGCUCGCACGGCGGAAGCAAAACAGGAGGACUUGAAAAUUGCACCCGAGAAGGACCACCUGCUGUGGGACUCGUCUCGUGCUCCUGAUGAGCGCCGCCUGCAACAGCUCGUAAAGCGGCUUCGCAUAGGUUCAGGAAGAGACGACGGUGGGCGACCAACCAGCCUGCUCACACAUGCCGACGUCGUGGCAGCUCUACAUCGUUGCAAAUACGAUCCUGCUUCAGCAGAAGCCUCUUUGGUCGGCCUUCAACGAUGUAGAGAAACCAAACACAAAAGCGCAUCUGCCAGCAGCGAUGCGCGCAAGUUGCAACAUAGCAGGGGCGACGUUUCGGCGGAAGCAGCGACGUCACCUGAGGACAUUGCAACGGCGCAGAAGAGCAGCAACCAAAUCAGCUCAAUUGCUCCUGGCGGUGAACCGUGUACGGGGAAAAGCGAUGUUGGGGGCAACCGGUGGGAAGACUGGAGCGAAGCUGACCGUGCGGCAUUCCUAGUACAUCUUGGGGACAAGCACAAGGACAUGAAGGAUGUGGCGGAGGAGUUUGCGACGAAGACCCACGGUGACGUCAUCGAGUUCUACUACAACUGGAAAUUUCAUGAACCAGACUACUCUCGCUGGCAACUCAUGAAACGGCAGAUUGACAUAGCCUUGACGUUUCCGGACUUCCAUCAGGAGAUAUGUGAAGCUUGCGAGGAGGGAGGAGAAUUGCUGUUGUGCGACACUUGCAGCGUUGCCUUUCACCUGCGCUGCUUGAAUCCGCGCCUUGAGGACCCUCCAGAUAAUGACUGGAGCUGUCCUGAAUGCAUGAGGAAGCACGUUACGCCGGAGACCAGGGCGAGGGCGAAACUCUUCGUGAAGCAGAGGAUAGUGUCGAUCGAAGAGGAACGACGGUGCAUGGCUCAAGAGGAAGAGCGCCGGCUCCAGCGCCAAGCCUUGUAUGGGUACUUGGGUCAAGCGAGUGCUGGUACCGAGCACGGUCAUAAGCGAGGAGGAGGGGCGAGCGCCUCCAACGCCGAAAACAGACGACAAAGGGUCACGGGGCACGAGGAGGCAGAGGCGCAAGCAGAACGGGAGCUGAGCAACCGCCCGUGGGCGAAAGAAGACCUGGCACAGCUCCAGAGGGCGGUGGACGAAUUCGGCGAACGCGGCUGGCGCGCGAUGAUGGCUAAUGAAAAGCACAAGAGCCUCUUCCAUAUGAGAAGUCCGUUUAUCGUCAAGAGCAUGCAUCGCAUGCUAAAGGAUAACGAGCUCAAACGAGCGAAGGCCAGGGCUAGAAUGGCAGCAAGGGCCGACACCAAGGCUAAGGCUCGAGGAGACGCUAUAGCUGGUGCCGAUGACGAUCCAGCCAAGGAAUUCUGCAGGGAAGCUGUGUCGUUCGCCGAAGCUGAUGCGGCAGCAGCAGCGGUAGCGAUGGCGCGUACUGAAGCGCACGAAAGCGUAGACCACCCGGGAGAGGAAGCGGGAGGUGCAGGAACGUUCGACGACAAGAGCCGGGCGAGAGAGAAGAGAGCCUUGCUCCAGAAACUGAUCAUGGAACAUGGUGUAGGAGGGUUGAAGACGAAGCUGGAUAUGCCUGCAUACAGUGCUCUGAAAGAAGAGGGAAGCCAGAGCGCUCUCAUCAACCAUUGGCGGUCGAUGCAACACCGACUGCGGCGAAGGUUAAAGCGCCUCGGCAUGGUCCCAAAAAGGAAGCCAGGCAGACCCCCGAAAAAUCCCCCGACGCAACAAUAUCCAGGUUUUGAGGCGGCUUACCCGGGAAGCACCAAUGUUGGAGCGCCCGCGACACAGGCCACAGGGAACAACGAGCGCGGAGACCUGCCAAGGGAAGGGGACCACGGUAGCGAACACAGCCGAAAGAGAGCUCGCACGGAGGAGAAAGCGGAAAACGAACAAUUGCCGGCAGCGAGCAUGCGUAUGCAGCUGUAGACUGACUGACGCGCAGGGUGGCCACCCCGAUCUGUGUUCGUGGAUUCGUGGCUUACUGUAGGAGAUUAUUACACCUGAUGUGCAUACCAUUGUGCAUAUGCAUAUCUGCGUUGUAUUGUGCUGUUUGCGUGUCGCUGACGUGUUUUUUACUUUACAUCGGAAGGACAACACGUACGAUAUGACGUCUGGGGAGAUGGUUAGAAUGAGUAAGACGAUAAUGGACGUGGUGCUUGCUGUGAUUUCUGCCAUAUCCAAUCGAGUGUGUUGUGUUGAACGCUUUGUGGAGGGUGCAUGUGUUCGAAUUCCGGCGUAAUUGAGCUUUUUAUUGCAAAAUUAGUUGAUUCUCUCGCUUCCGUUCCUGGUACAGUACAAUCGUGGAGAGCGAUACACUUUUCUCUAUCUCUUUGCAGUUCUUGUGCACACUGUGAGGCAAGAGAGUGCUGUACUCGGUGAAGAAUCGAAGGCACCGCCGAAGGGGCGAUGGUAGGGGGCCCCAGGGAAACCCUUGUGCAUGACCACGGAUUGGAGCUGCUCGUAACCGGCAGAAAUGCCGUGAGCGCCGAUUUAAAGUAAUGAAGAAAAAAGUAUGCU